AUGGGCGCCCCGCAAGAUGCCGAGCCCACCUUGGAGGCUGCCGUGAUCCAGGCGGUGUUGGGCGCGGGCCUCCAGAAGGACCUGCCGCUGCCCAAAAAGGUGCAAGAGGCCAUGGGGGCAGAGUUGGACCCGGACGCCGCCGCCCGCGCGGCCGCCGCCGCCUUCGGGGCCGACUUCGCGGACUACGCGGGGCGGCUCCGCGCCUACCUCGCGGAGCUCGAGGCCUCGCUCUUCUCCGAGGGCCUCCACACCCUCGGGGCACCGCCCGGCCGCAGUGAGCUGGAAGGCUACCUCACGGGGUGCUUUGAUGGCACAUUGCCGCCGGAAGCCAUUGAGCGCCUGGCGGCGGGUGCCCAGGAGUCAGAGGUGGUGGGCUCCUGUGUACUGACGGCCCGGGACGGCGAAGAGACGCGUCAUGCCAUCAAGGAGGCCUUGAGAGUGAGGGAAUUGCUGGCCAGCAACACGGAGGAAGUAGCAGGCAUGCUCCGCGCCCUGAACGGCGAGUUCGUCCCCCCAGCCCCGGGGGGCGACCUUAUCCGCGACGGCGCCUCAGUUCUGCCCACCGGCAGGAACAUUCACGCGCUGGACCCCUUCCGAAUUCCCAGCCAGACCGCUCUCCAGCGGGGCAUCCAGGCAGCUGAGAAGAGCAUCGAGCAGUAUCGCAGGGACAACGAUGGCGCCUUCCCGGAGACCAUCGCGGUGAAUCUUUGGGGGCUUGAGGCCAUCAAGACCCGUGGGGAGUCCGUGGCGGUGGUCCUUGGCCUCAUCGGCGCCCGGCCCGUGGCUGAGGCCACCGGCCGAGUGGCGCGCUAUGAGCUCAUCCCCUUGGAGGAGCUGGGCAGGCCCCGCGUAGAUGCCUUGUGCUCCCUGAGCGGCAUCUUCCGGGACUCCUUCGCCAACGUCGUGGAGCUCCUGGACGAUGCGCUGCAGCGGGCCGCCAAGGCAGACGAGGCUCCGGAGCAGAACUUUGUGCGGAAGCACUACCUGGAGCUGCUGGAGCAAGAGAAGGACGAAGACGCCGCGCUGUCCCGCAUUUUCUCCAACGCUGCUGGGGAGUUCGGUUCCCUGGUGAACGAGCGGGUGGUGGCUGGCAACUGGGAGAACGACCAGGAGCUUGGAGAGACCUGGGCGUCGCGGAACGCCUUCGCCUUCGGCCGGAACCAGCGGGGCACGGAGCGUGGCAAGGUGCUGGACAAGUUGUUGGGCAGCUCGGGCUCCUUGGUGCAGCUGACAGACUCGGUGGAGUAUGGCCUCACUGAUAUCCAGGAGUACUACGCCAACUCUGGUGCCAUGGUGCGGCGCAUGAGCGACCUACAGAAGCGCAAGGUGGAGGCGCUGGUGGUGGACACCACGCAGAAGCAGGUGGCGCCCCGCAAGUUGGACUCGGUCCUGCGCAUGGAGUACCGCACCAAGCUGCUGAACCCCAAAUGGGCCGAGGCUAUGGUGGCGCAGGGCUCGGGGGGCGCCUUCGAAGUGUCGCAGCGCAUGACGGCACUGCUGGGCUGGGGCGGCACCACCCGCUUCGCCGAGGACUGGGUCUGGAAUCAGAGCGCUGAACGCUACGUGCUGGAUGAGGACAUGGCCAAGCGGCUGCGCGAGAGCAACCCGGAGGCCUUCCGGAACAUCGUGGGCCGCCUGCUGGAGGCCAAGGCUCGAGACUUGUGGCAGGCCCCGGAGGACGUGCUGCAGAGGCUCAGCGAGAUAUACGAAGAGCUGGACGACGAGUUAGAGGGCGUGGCCUAA